GAAUGUCUUAAAAAUGUAAGUUACUUAGCCAUUGUGUAUUAGCACGUAUUAGGUACUAUAUAACAAUUAAUAAAAUAAACAUAAAUAAAGUACGCUGUAGGUCUGCAAUAUCAAACCGAUAUAAAUUAUAAUUUUAAUUCAAAUUUGCUAAAUUUUAGUUUUUAAAAUUAAAAUACUUAUAAGUUAUAAGUCGAUAGUUUGUUAUUAGUUUCUAAGUAUAUAGUUGCAGAUGUUACUUUACUGGUUUUAUAAAUUUUAAACAUUAUUUCUUCAACUUUUGUCUUAAAUUUACGUUUUUAUUUUUAUUGGAUAGGUAUAGGUACAUACUCGAAAAUAUAGAUGUCAAUAUAUCUAGUUCGGUUAUUGUUAUUAAUGUUAUAAGCUAUUACUAUUACUAUUUUUAAACUCAAAACAUAUUAGAGUAUAUUAUUAUUCUAACCAAAAGACUAUGCAAUUAGGCAGGCCAGUUCUAAAUUCAAGUCAUUUUACAGAUCUAUUAUGUUAUGGUAAUAAUAUCAUGGUCUGAAUCAAACUGAUGGAAUUUUGAAUGUCACUUUUCAUUGAACAAUGCGUCGAAGUUUAGCUCCAAGCCAAGUGAAUAAACGACCUUUGAGUGAUUCAAAUCAAUCUAAAAGAGCUUGUGUGAAAUAUAAUGACCAAGCACAAAAAACUGAACAAAAUUCAAAAUUAGAUGACAAAUCUAUAACACUUUCUUUAUAUGAACAAAAUAUAAGAAAUAUAUUAUCAAAGCCGUUCAAAGUACCAAUAGCAAAUUGGAGUGGUAGCAGUUUCAGUAGAGCAUUAGGUGUUCGCCGUGAUGGCAUACGUCGACCUUUACAUGACCCUACUGCUCCUGAUGCUCUUAUUUUAUAUAUUCCUCCACAAAUUAGUGCCCAUGACAUUUUAAAAAUGGAUAAAGAUAAAAUAUUAGUUAAUGUUGUUGUUGAUCCGGCGUUAUCAAAAAUACUUAGGCCCCAUCAAAGAGAAGGCGUUAAGUUUAUGUAUGAAUGUGUUACUGGAGUACGUAUAGAAGGUGCAUAUGGAUGCAUCAUGGCAGAUGAAAUGGGAUUGGGAAAGACUUUGCAAUGCAUAACUCUAAUGUGGACUCUUUUGAAACAAGGACCUGAUGCUUCACCAACUAUUCACAAAGCUAUUAUAGUUACACCUAGUUCUUUAGUAAAGAACUGGUGUAAUGAAAUAAAAAAAUGGCUUGGUGGUAGAAUUGGAGCUUUACCUGUUGACGGAGGAGGCAAAGAACAAGUGGACAAAGUAAUUACUGGGUUUGUUCAAGCUAGAGGACGUAGAACUGUUGAUCCAAUUUUAGUUAUAUCAUAUGAAACUUUUCGAAGUCAUGCAAGUUUGUUACAAAAUGCAGAAGAUAUAGGUCUUGUGUUAUGUGACGAGGGACAUAGAUUAAAAAAUUGUGAAAAUCAAACUUACCGUUCAUUAAUGGCUUUAAAAGCAAAACGAAGAGUUCUGUUGUCAGGCACACCAAUCCAAAAUGAUCUACUUGAAUAUUUUAGUCUUGUUCAUUUUGUUAAUGAAGGCAUCUUAGGGACUGCUCAAGAAUUUCGUCGCCAAUAUGAAACACCUAUUGUGCGAGGUCAAGAUUCCUGUGCUACUGAUUCUGAACGAAAAAAAGCAGCAGAGCGUUUAGAACAAUUAAUUUCAUUAGUAAAUAGAUGUCUAAUUAGACGUACCUCAGCAUUACUUUCCAAAUACUUACCAGUUAAAACUGAACAUGUUGUUUGCAUAAAAUUGACACCACUACAAACUGAUUUAUACCUCCAUCUUCUUAAAUCUGACAUGGUUACAAAAUCAAUUAAAGGUAACGAUGGGAAAGUUACUAGCAACGCAUUAGCUGCUAUUACAUUGCUCAAGAAGUUAUGUGCUCAUCCAGAUCUUAUAAUAGAUAAAAUAAUGAAUGGAAGUGAUGGCUUUGAAAAUUCAAAACAUUUACUACCUCCAACAUACAUCGCAGCUCAUUCCAAAAAAAAACUCAUGAUUGAAUUAUCAUCUAAAUUAAUGGUCCUUGACACAAUGUUAGCUGUUAUAAAAACUACCACCACUGAUCGUGUAGUAUUGAUUUCUAAUUAUACUCAAACAUUAGAAUUAUUCGAAAGACUUGCUAAAUUAAGAAACUAUACAUUUGUUAGAUUAGAUGGAUCCAUGACUGCUAAGAAAAGAGCAAAAGCUGUAGAUGAUAUUAACAGCCCUACUAGUGGUGUAUUUUUGUUUAUGUUGAGUUCAAAAGCUGGAGGUUGUGGAUUAAAUUUAAUUGGUGCUAAUAGGUUAGUAAUGUUUGAUCCCGAUUGGAAUCCUGCUAAUGAUGAUCAAGCAAUGGCUAGAGUAUGGAGAGAUGGCCAAAAAAAACCUUGUUUUGUUUAUCGAUUUUUAGCUACUGGAAGUAUUGAAGAAAAAAUGAUGCAAAGACAGGCACACAAAAAAGCAUUAAGUUCUAGUGUAGUUGACUGUGAAGAAGACGUUGCAAGACAUUUUACAGUUUCAGAAUUACGAACAUUAUUUAAUCUACGGCAAGACACUAUUAGUGAUACACAUGAAAAAAUAAAAUGCACCCGUUGCAUUAAUAAUAUCCAAACAAAACUACCUCCGGUAGAUAGUGACUGUACAAAUGAUCUUUCUUGUUGGCAUCAUUGUGCAGACAAACGAUGGCUUGUUGAUCCAGUACUAAAACAAUGUUGGCAUGCUGGCAUCAGUAUGGUGUUUUAUCAAAAUUCUACAAUUCAUAAAGAGAAACCAAUUAUUGAAGAGGACAAUGAUAACAUUGACAAAAAAGAAGAAGAAAAUAAUAUAAUACACUGAUAAAAGAUUGGGUGAAGAUAAUUCUUCUUGCAAUACAUGAUACUCGACUCCAUAUUCCAUUAAUUGUUUUGAUAAAUCAGUUGUAAAUACCU